CUCAUCACUUCAUCAAUGGCCACUCUUCUUCUCAGACACUCCUCUUCCACUUCUCGCCGCCUCUUCCCCUUAGCCUCUCAAAUCCACUCUUCCGUAUCUCGUUCUCCUCUCUCUACUCCCAGUGACUCCACCUCCACCUCCUUCUAUUCUUUCAAUUCCAAUCCAUGGUGGAGAUCCAUGGCAACUUUCACCAGAACGAAGCCUCACGUUAAUGUCGGAACUAUUGGACACGUGGAUCAUGGGAAGACCACGCUAACUGCGGUAAUCACCAAGGUGCUUGCGGAUGAAGGGAAGGCUAAGGUUGUGGCCUUUGAUGAAAUUGACAAGGCUCUUGAAGAGAAGAAGAGAGGAAUCACCAUUGCAACGGCUCAUGUGGAGUAUGAGACUGCAAAACGACAUUAUGCGCAUGUGGAUUGCCCUGGACACACGGAUUAUGUUAAAAAUAUGAUUACGGGAGCUGCCCAGAUGGAUGGUGGUAUACUUGUUGUAUCUGCACCUGAUGGACCAAUGCCUCAAACCAAGGAGCACAUUCUUCUUGCUCGCCAUGUUGGUGUGCCAUCUCUUGUUUGCUUUCUAAAUAAAGUUGAUGCUGUUGAUGAUCCAGAGUUGUUAGAGCUUGUAGAAAUGGAGUUACGUGAGCUAGUGAGCUUCUACAAGUUCCCUGGGGAUGAAAUCCCGAUCAUUAGAGGUUCAGCGUUGUCUGCUUUACAGGGUACAAAUGACGAGAUUGGAAGACAGGCCAUUCUAAAAUUAAUGGAUGUUGUAGAUGCAUACAUUCCUGACCCUGUUCGCCAACUUGACAAGCCCUUCCUAAUGCCAAUUGAAGAUGUGUUCUCAAUUCAGGGACGUGGAACAGUUGCCACUAGCCGUGUUGAACAAGGCGUCAUUAAAGUCGGUGAAGAAGUAGAGGUGUUAGGUCUAAUGCAGGAACCAUACUUCCUCAUGCUUGAUGUACUUCUCAACUUCUUCUUCAAACUCUUGAUAAAAUUCGAAAACUGGUCGUUUAGGUUAUCCCUAGCAUUAGCCUCGUCAUCAUCUCGUAGUGGUACAGGUGUAACGUUGCUCUGCUCCCGACCGAUGUGGGACACGGUUCUAAGUUUACCCUUGGCACGUCGAAUGAAACUGUUGAAAGUUUCAUCGUUAUCAAGUGAGGUGUUAUCUGAGUUCGCCGCACGACCAUGUUGUCCCUUCCAAGCGCGUGUGGUCUCUACUGCUGGAUUAGCAGCACGCCACCUCAUCCUUGGAUCAUAUCCAGCUUCACUUGAAGCAACUCUUGUUGGUUUGAAAAGUGUUCGAUGCAAGGUAUAUGGUUUCUCGACAAACUUGGUUAAGCUCAAAUGA